UUGUUUUGACAAAUGUGUCAUUCAAAAAAUUUUUCAAAGUAGGUGUCAGAAAGAGGUGUAUGGAAUAUGUUUACAUUCCUAUAGUUAUGACCUGAUUAUGUUGUUUAGAUAUAUGAAUUCAAACAUUAGAAGUGUUUCAAUAUGCCAAAAUCAUUAUACACGUUAAAACAUGAACAAUUACUUAGAGAUCUAAAAAAUACUAUAGAUGGAUUGCUUUCAACACAAGUGUCCAAUGUCUGGUCUAUUUAUGGGGGUUUGAAUAGAUUACAUAGUUUAAUGGAUAAAAUAUUCAAGCAUGGAUGUAAGAUAACCGAUGAAGCCAAUGGUUCGUACUACAAUUUUGUUGAAGGACUUGAGUGGCUUCAACCACAUACUUCAACUUGUUUUUUCUCUAUAGAUUGUGAAUAUCAGUCUUACAUGCCAACACAUCUUAAAAAUCAUAAAGGUGGUAUUUGGCUUUACAAGAAUUUGGAGAACCUAUCACUCUCUACAAAAUUAGGAUGGCUUUUAUCUGACAAAGGUCAUUUGAGUGCAUGCUAUUAUUCUCAUGCAUUUUUGUGUAGUGAAGAAUACUCUGAAGCAGUAUUAAUCUGCCUGAAAGCCUUAGAAAGGAACCAACCUAGUCUUAUGGCAGAGAUCAAUCCUUGUUUGUUCUUAUUACAACCCAAUGCUAGGGAUUUUCAUAAAAUACAUAGAAGAUGUUCAUCAUUUCCUGAUAAUUAUCUCGGCAAAAUGGAAUGCAAGUCAAUUCGAAGAAUAAAAAAAUUAGAUGAAAGGCAUAGCAUUUGUGAUAUUACUGAUCAAACCAAAAAAUCUAAAAAUAUUCUCUUUAAGUUAAAACCUUGGAGUAGCACACCAAAUUUGUUUUUAGAUAAAAUGGAUAUUGUCAAAGAAAUUGUACAAAGUAAAACUGUGCCUAAUACUCCAAUGCAUUCUAAAAAAAUCUCUAAAUCAGUUAAAAAAAUAAUAAGGAAUUGUACUUUCUUUAAUAAGGGUAAAGAAGAAAUAGUCCAAGCCUUGUCUGCUUCGACUGCUUCCAGUACAGACAUACCUAAAAAUUUAAAACAAAUUGUUAUAGAUAAUAAAGAUAUUGUUGAAUACACUCCAAGUACUUCUUUUAGUAGUGGAACUACAAUAGGGGAAAAAUAUGACAAUUUAGAACCUAAAACAUCAAUUGGACUGCCCAAAUCCUCAAUGUCAGUUGUAGACUACCCAUUCAGAGCCUUACCAGGAGAAAAAGAUUAUAUAAAAACUCCUAAAAAAUCAUUUAUAGAAGAUGGGGGUAAAAGUGUUCUUCCUAUGUCUACAGGAUAUAUUCCCACUCCAAUGGCAGGACAAAGUUUAUUAUCAUUCUUGACAUCAAGUCAACAAACUCAUUCCAAAGCCGAAUUGGAUCGUGAAAAUGCCCAUUUCAGCAUUUGUGAAGCAGUAAUUUCGGCUAUUGAACAAAUGAAAUGUAAAAAAGACUUGAGGUUGAGUGAUGAUCCCACAGAUGAUAGUGACCCCGAAAUUUUAGAACUAAAGCAAAGAAUAAGAAUUAGAAGAAGACAAAAGAUGGUUGAAAAACAAAGAAGAUUAUGGGCUUCAUCUUUGAUGAAUGAUGGAAUUAAUGAAACUAUCCGUGCAAGUCCACCUUCUACAUCUUCAAAUACAUAUUCAGAAAGCUCAAAUUCUGAUAAUAUUGAUGAUAUUGAAAUAGAUGAAGCUUCUAAUUUAGUGGAAACCAAGGGUCUUUCAAACUCCAUGGCCUCCCUAUUUUCAGAAGCGGAUUUAAGAAGGAAUAGAGGAAUACCAGAUGGGGCAUCUGAUAUAUUGUCAGCUGAGAGUGUAGCCAUAUCCCUCAUGAGUACCUUCAAAGGCAAAAAACUGCCAAAAGCCUCUGAUUUACAAUGGAUUGUAUCUGAAAAAGAUGCUCCUCAAGCAUUGCUUCCAUUACCAAAUAGUUGGCCGAUAAAUCCAGAUGAUCAUUUGACUACAUCAGUUUCUCUGAGGGGUACUGACGAAUGGGCGCCACCAAGACCACAAAUUAUCUUCACUUUACAUCCUUCAUCAACUUUUUUCAGGAGAAAAAAACUUAUGAUAAAACAGAACUUCAGAUGUGCAGGAUGUGGAAUGAGGGUAGCACCACAGUAUGCUUCUAAGUUUAGAUAUUGUGAAUACCUAGGGCGUUAUUUUUGUACUGGAUGUCACUCAAAUCAGCUAGCUCUCAUUCCAGCUCGAAUAUUACACAAAUGGGACUUCUCAAGAUUCCAGGUAUCCACAUUCUCAUAUAGGCUUCUAGACCAAAUGUACACUGAUCCUUUAUUCAGAAUUUUUGAUCUGAACAAAAAGAUCAGCAAGUUUUCCAAGGAUAUAGAUUUUCAUAGAAAAUAUUCUUUAGGAUUAUAUUAUAUAAAGGAUUUCAUUCUAGCAUGUGAUAAUGCAGAAAGUGUGAGGAAAAUUUUGAAGCCUCAUAUUAAAAGUACCAAAGAAGAACUUGACAUGUAUUCUAUGGAGGAUUUAGUAAAGAUCAAAUCAGGAGAAAUGAGAACUAAACUGAAGAAUCUUGUUGACUUAUCCAUCAAACACAUUACAGAAUGCCAGAUUUGUAUGGCCAGGGGACACAUCUGUGAAGUAUGCAAGUCAAAUGAAGUUAUAUUUCCUUGGCAAAUGACAUUAGUAUCAAGGUGUGAUAAUUGUGGUUGUUGUUACCAUAAAACUUGUUGGAAGGUUGGUAUUAAUCCAUGUAAAAAAUGUAUAAGACUUAGUAAAAGGCGGGAAAGCACGACUUCCUAGUUUUUAAAUUUAAUAUAUAUACUCGAAUUUUAUUAUUAUUGUUGUAUUUAUGAAAUAUUUAUUAGUUUAUAUAUAUAUACAUGUUGAUCCAUUAAAUAUUUUUAUAAUUUA